GCAUACAAGCCUGACAUUUAUGGCGACACAAUUACAGUUAUACGUACCAUUCGAAAUACCUCGUCGUAUAAGAUUAAAAAUUGGAAAGGAGAAAUUGUUUCUACAAAACAAGAUGAAUUGGACAGUAUCAUAACGACGAUGAAUAUACCGAUUGAUAAUCCAAUAUCUGUUUUGAAUCGGGACGUUUCAAGAACAUUUUUAGUUACCUCUAAACCCGAUGAAAAGUAUAAUUUAUUUAUGAAAGCUACUCUCUUGGAUGCCAUUGAAAAUAAUUAUAAGGAGGAUUUCUAUAUAGUCGAAAAAGAAUACAAUAAAUUAAGGACAUACUCUGCGGCCUUGUCGCAAGUGAAGAGAGAGAUACAGAAAUUGAAGGAAAGUAUACAUAGAUUAGAGGAAAUGGAUAAAUCACGAGCAGAAUUAAGUAAUCUUGAAAUGGAACUUCAGGAUGCUACGGCGAUUACGGAUAAAAACGAACUUCGCAAAAUACAAGAGAACUUAAAGACGUAUGAAAAUCUUUUAAAAUUAUUUCAGGUGCGUGAUGUUAGACACCACUGUACACAGUCGCCACAGUAUUCUAAUCUCUUGGAUGCUAUGGAUAUAGAAGAUCCUGUCAUAGCUAAUUGCUUGAUAGAUCAACGUGAAAUUGAGUGUAUACUUCUUAUACCAACAAUACAAGAGGCCUGCGAGAUAAUGUCGGACAUGACGAAAGUGCCAAGAAAUUGCAAAAGAGCGUUUACUUUACGUGGAGACACAUUCUACCCCCAUCCAAAUUACAGAACUUAUGGCGGAAAGUGUACACGCGCUAAAUGUCUUAAAGUUUCGGUCAUGGAAAUGAUCCAAACGCUGAAAAAAGAUUUUCAAAUAACUGAAAACAAAAAGCAGGAAGUCGACGCAGCAUAUAAUGCUAUAUUUGAAAAAAUAAUUCGCACUACUUCCGAAAUGAAUAACGUAACCAAGACGGUCCACAAGCUAAGGUCUACACAAAGUGCAUGUACUAAUUUGAUUAAUGAACUGAAAGAUGAAAUUGAUUUGCAUGAUGCCAGUUGUAUUGAUGUUUUCCGCAACGAAACCGCGGAUUUGGAAAAGAAAAUAGCGCAGGAAAGUGGCUUGGAAAAGGGUUUAGCUGAAAAUGUGCAGGAGCUUCAGAAGACCGUUGAGUCUCUGGACGCGGAAGUUAAGCGAUGCAGAGAUUUGAGGCACAAUUUACACACAGUGAUUGAUCCUCUUAAGGAUCAAAUAAGAGAAUUGACACGGGAUAAGGAAAGGCAUAAGCACGAGUGUCAGCGUGCUACUCGAAAAUUACAAGAAAUUCGUCAAGCCAUACAGUGCGCAACGGGGGAAUUUGAAAUACAAGAGACAGCGGUAAAGAAGGCGGAUUCCAACGCCACUGAAAAAUGUCCCAGGAUAAACACUACCAGAUUGGCAAACCAAAUGAAAAUUUUACUGACUGAGUUAGGAGAUAAGAUUCGCGAGAUAGAAAACCAGUUUGGCUGUUUGGAUAAAUUACGGCGACAACUGAAAGAAAAGGAAGAAAAGUAUGGAGUAAACAUUGAAUUUGCAGCUCAAUUGAAACAAAGUUGCGAAAAACACAUCGAACGAGUGAGGUAUCAGCGGAAUAUGUUCCUCCAACUAAGGGACUUGUAUAGUGUCUGUGUGCAGAAAGCUUUCACCGAUGUGCUUUCUUUAACACAAUAUAAGGGCACUGUGGUGAUCGAUCAUACAAAUAAACUGCUUGACUUACAUGUGAGUGUACGGGAUGAUGAAGAGUCGGGCAACGAUACCAAAUCGCUUUCGGGAAACGAACGAUCUUACUCGACCGUCGCAUUCAUCUUGGCUCUCUGGGAUUGCACUCGGCUGCCCUUCUACUUUCUCGAUGAAUUCGAUGUAUUCGAUGUAUUCAUAGACAAAAUAAACAGGCGAGUUAUAAUGGAUAUUCUUUUGGAUUACGUUAAAUUGCAUCCACAGAGUCAGUUCGCUUUCUUCACGCCUCUAGACACACUUUUCUAGACCUCGCACAUUCUAGCCGAGGAUUGUGUUUAA